UCCUGCUAGUGGCUUUGUCCUACUAACAGCGCCCUCCGCCUCGCCCCGCCUCUCAGGAGAAGUUACCUCCACAAACCCUUUGGAGCCCACUUUAAAGUCAAACUCUCCCCUUUGCAUUGAUGGGCUUUCUUAGUUACAUGCUCCCAAAUACAGAGGAGGAUUCCUUCCGGGAAUCAGUGGUGCUAUCUGGAGUGUCCACCCCGUUCUAGAGUGCACUACAUCACUCGCGGGGUCAAGGAAACUCGGCGCUGGUCGCCCCCAAAGCCCUGAUGUCUCAGACUGUCGUGACUAGGCCCAGCCUUGCUCUGGCUGCUCCUAAGUUUCCCUGCUAGGGUCAGCAUCCAGCUUAUUUUUAACUGUGUGGGGUGGAUCUCACUGGACCACCCAGUAGGCACCAGUUUUCUUACUGCGCUCUAUGUCCUCAGCACAGAGCCCAACGCCUAGCACGCAGGACACAGGAAAAGGCUGAGCGACAGCUUGACUUAGGCACCGCCCUCAAGAGAUUUCCAGUUUUUCAAUGGCAGAGCACCUCAACUUCCUGCUGCGGACUCCUCCCACAAUCCUGCAACUUUGAUUCCUCUCUAGAAGCCCCAACCCAAGAGAGGUUCUUGGCUAAAACCUGGACGGGGCUCGACUAGCAAGGGAAAGAACCAUUUGCUGUUUUUCCUGGCUCUGAAGUGGAAGAUGUCUGCAGACAGUCAAAGCAUCGCGGCUACUGAGAACGAGGAGAAAUCCCAUGAGGUCCCAGGUAAUGUGCAACACUGUGGAGACAUGCUCUCUGGACAGGAGGAGACAGUGCCCUUGGGAACCUCUCAGGAGUCAACACACAUCAAGGCAGAGCCAGAAGAGCCACACAGUGAGGGGGCAUCACGGGAGGACAGGACUCCAGGAACACAGCGCUGGAUGUCCCCGUGUCCUGGCCCUAAGGACAAAGUUGUUCCUUCUCCCUGGACUCCUGUACUGUCCCGAGGGGGACGGACCAGAGAGCGAAAGAUGGCUGCUGCACUCCUUACUGCCUGGUCCCAGAUGCCGGUGACCUUUGAGGAUGUGGCCCUGUAUCUCUCCCAGGAGGAGUGGGGAAGGCUGGACCACACACAGCAAAAUUUCUACAGAGAUGUACUACAGGGGAAAAACGGGCUGGCUUUGGGGUUUCCCUUCAGCAGACCUUUCUGGGUCCCCCAAAUUCAGGGGAAGGGCCAGGUGGCAAGCAGGAUCACAGGAGCUGAGGAGAGGAGAGGUCUUGGUUCAGGAGCCGUGGAAAUGGGGAAGGUGGUUCCAGCCUUGGCCGUCGCAACCCUAGAGGACACAAAAUCGAUAAGGACUAGGGCCAGGUGGGCCCCGGGGGAAGACCCAAAGUGUGGUCAGCACGUGGCUAGUGGCCCAGGUACAAAGCUGACCAGAGACACUGGGAAAGCUGGUCAGCUAAAGCCAGCCCCAUCUGAAUCACGUCCUCUCAAGACCCCAGAGGACAGCGGCCCAGAGAAACCCAGUGAGGGGGAGGAGGCUCUGAAAAGUGGCGAAGAGGGUCUGGUACCCGACGGUGACACGGGCAAGAAGACAUACAAGUGCGAGCAGUGUGGCAAGGGCUUCAGUUGGCACUCGCACCUGGUGACACACCGGCGUACGCACACGGGCGAGAAGCCUUAUACCUGCACGGACUGUGGCAAGCGCUUCGGCCGCAGCUCACACCUCAUCCAGCACCAGAUCAUCCACACGGGCGAGAAGCCCUAUACCUGCCCCUCGUGUUGGAAGAGCUUCAGCCACCACUCCACGCUGAUCCAGCACCAGCGCAUCCACACUGGUGAGAAGCCCUACGUGUGCGACCGCUGUGCCAAGCGCUUCACCCGUCGCUCGGACCUAGUCACACACCAGGGCACUCACACCGGCGCCAAGCCCCACAAGUGCCCCAUCUGCAGCAAGUGCUUCACCCAGAGCUCCGCCCUGGUCACGCACCAGCGCACCCACACCGGCGUCAAGCCCUACCCGUGCCCGGAGUGCGGCAAGUGCUUCAGCCAGCGCUCCAAUCUCAUCGCACAUAAUCGCACCCACACGGGCGAGAAGCCCUACCACUGCCUCGACUGUGGCAAGAGCUUCAGCCACAGCUCGCACCUCACUGCCCACCAACGCACUCACCGUGGCGUGAGGCCCUACUCCUGCCCACUUUGCGGCAAGAGCUUCAGCCGCCGCUCCAACCUGCACCGGCACGAGAAGAUCCACACCACUGGACCCAAGGCUCUGGCCAUGCUCAUGCUGGGGGCGGCAGCUGCGGGGGCGCUCACGGCACCACCACCUGCUUCCACUUAGAAGCCUGAGAGAGAGCAGUGAGAACACCCAGGGAAGCUGGGACAACCCCGCUGAUGCUAGGGCCCUGGGAAGACGCUGGGUCUUAGCCAGUGGGAUGAUGGAGUGGGGUGAGGACUGGGAGGUGGCACAGGUGGGCAUGGUAACGUGGGAGGAGCCAGGGCUAGAAGGGCAGGCACUCUAGCUGCAGAUUAAAGGCCUGGAUUUCAAGCUGUGCCCUUGGCUCUGUGUGCUUGGUGCUUGAGCUGAUCUCUGAGCAUCGGAUAGCUCUUGGUUCCACCAGGCGUCCUCGUUCAGGUAACCCUGAGUCACCACUGUUCGCCGGCCUGGGAAGCCUCUCUUCCUUAGCCUUGACUUGAGUCACAAGUCUCUUUUGUCAGAUGUCUAUUCCGGAACAUUAGGACCCUUUUUAAAAAAUUAAUAUUUGAGUCGGGUGUGGUGGCACACUCCUUUAAUCCCAGCAGAAGCAGGUGGAUUUCUGUAGUUCGAGCCCAACCUGGUCUACAAAGUGAGUGCAAGACUGCAAGGACGGUUACACAAAGAAACCCUGUCUCAAAAACCAAAACAAAAUUAAUAAUAAUAAUAAUAAUAAUAAUAGUUAUUAUUAUUGUGGUUGUUGUUGGUAUCUAAACGCGUGUAUGGGUGUGUUAUAGUUCACCUGUUGAGGUCAGAGGACAACUCAUAGAAUUUAUCCUAUACCAUGUGUGUAACUCCAGUUGUCAGUAGGCAUCUCUACCUACUGAGUCAUCUCACCCAGGUUUCUCUGCAUAGCCCUGGCUGUCCUGGAACUCACUUUGUAGACCAGGCUGGCCUCGAAUCCGCCUGCCUCUGCUUCCCAAGUGCUGGGACUAAAGGUGUGUGCCACCACCGCCUGGCUCUCACCCAGGUUUUGUUGUUUUGAGACCUACUCUCCUGUAGCCUAGGGUAGCAUGAACUAGCUAUGUAACGGGUGCUCCUUGCCUCUAUCUUCCAGGUACUGGAAUAUAGGUGAAAACCACCCAGCCUAAGUUGGAACCAUAAGUCUAUAAACAAAAGCUUCCAAGUUCAGGUUUCCCAACCUGAAGAAAGCCAGUUACUUCUGAAACGGUGAAGCGGAGUGAGAAAGUCCCUUCAGCUGGCAUGUCCCAAAGGGGGGCUUGGAACUCGCCGAGCCCUGGCCUCUUCUUUGGCUCAUAAUCACCAAUACCUCCAGUGCCCGGGUUUUGAUGAUACCUACCAGUCUCUGUAGGCACCUGCACACGUGUGCACAUAAUUAUCAUAUAUUUCACACAUAAUUAAAAAAUGUUAAAUCUUUAUUAAAAGAUACAAAAAGAUGUUUUAUUUAGCUGGGUGGUGGUGGCACAUGCCAUUUAUCCCAAGACUUGGGAGGUAAAAGCAAAUGGAUCUUUGAGUUCAAGGCCAGCCUUAUCUAUAGAGAGUUUUCUAGGACAGCCAGGGUUCCACAGAGAGGAACCCUGUCUGGAAAAGAAAAUGUUUUAUUUAGACAGGAUCUCAAGUAUCUGUAGUUGGCCUCGCUGUGGAGUUAAAGAUGACCUUGAACGACUGGUCAUCCUGCCUCUGUCCCACAAAUGCAAGAAUUACAGGUGUGCGCUACCACGCCUGGCUGAAUGGUUACUUCCCAAGUAGAGACCAGAAAGACAGACUGCUACCCCUAGUUUGUCUGUGCUGACAACCGUCACUCAGACAGCAAUGGAAUCCCUUUCUGAGGCUGAGGGGGCGCUCUCCUGUAAAAUGGGCUUCCCUCCCGGGGCUGCUUGCAAAGACUUGUUAAAUCCACGGAAACUUAGCAUACUGACACUCUUGCACAAUGGGUCUUGUUGGCUGUGACUUAAGCUCCUUGGGCUGUGUUCUUGGUGUAUUUGAAUGUAUAGUGACAGGCAGGGACAGAUUACAUGAAAGACCCCCGAGGGGGGACCCUCACUCAAGUCUCGGGAUAGAUGCGGACCCCCAAGAACACACAAGAGACCAAGCUUGAUGCAAAUCACACGAGACUUUAUUUGGGGAAAGCCAGAGCUCUGGGGACGACUCGUAUCCUAUGCAGGGGUAGAGGAGUCGACCCAGAAGUGAAAUGGGGCCCUCCUUUUAUAGGCCCUCAAGGGGGAAAAAGGGAGGGGGAAGGUAGGGGAUUCCAAAUCACAUGUCUUUAAGCAAACAACUCAAUCUAAUGUGAUUUCACAAGAAAUAGAUAUGAGAGGGGUACAAGGCUGGAGUCAUGUGCAGGUGCAGGGGUGAUGUAAGUCUAUUGCUAUUGGCUGAUAUGUGGGGGAACUCAGGAUUGGUCCUACCUGCAGUUGCUGGGGAAAUUUUCCUAUUUUAGCCCAACAACCAAGUCACUUGGCAGAGGGCUACAGCGGUUAGCAAAUACACGAGUUCAAAGAAUCAGUCAGAACACUGGCAAACAUUCUCUGAAGCAGGUUAUACUUUUACUUUCUUAUCAAUAGUGAGGUCCAUGUUGGAUGCCAGUCUAGGGGUUUUCAUGAAUGUUCAUUCUGUCAGGUUCUUUCAUACACAAGGGUACCUUCAGAAGAAACGGGCACCUAUAACAAAGAACAAAUAAGUGGUAGUGCCUCGGGUCUCUAAUGUUGGGAUGAAAGAAACUGAUGAUUUGGUGGGUGAUGGGGUGCCGUGAAAGGACAGGAAGCUUGAGCCGAGUCUUAAUGGUGGAGCUUCGGGGCCUCAUGGGCCACUGCUUGAACACCUUGUUUACUAGUCUAGCUGUAGUCUGUGGAUCAUCAUAUGUUAGCUGAAAACAUCCAAUAGAUGUUCCCAGUUUCUUCUGAUUGCAUGUGCAUGGCACAGAUAAGGGGGUCAGCCAUUCAAUGGUCACAGUUGCAUUUUUUUGCUGGUAUGUGCGUGCAUGUGUCUGUGUGUGUUUAUGUGUGUUCAUGCCAUCGGUCAACCUCAGAUGUCAUUUUUAUGAGAUAGAAUCUCUCACUGGGACUGGAGCUUUCUGCGUGUCAGCCUUACAGACUGAGCUAUUUCUCCAACCCUGAAUCUCUCUGUUAAUGUGGCUCACAUUCUUGUGAACCAUCAAAGGCUCCUUGAGGCAGAGACCCACUGUGAUAUUACUGUACGUCAUUUAAUCUCCAGUCAUCUGAGUUGUGUUUGUUCAAGGUGAAUGUUUCCAGUGAACGGGUAAUUACAAUCUUUUAUGGCCUGGAUCCUUACCUGUUUAAACAGCGUUCACUGAGGUGGAUGGCCAAUAAGAGGCACAGUCAUGAAGCUAUGGGACGACCUGGAUGCAGAAGAACCUGGGGCCUUAGGAGUGAAGACAGCCAGGAGAGGCUGGUACCGGCCCGCCUCCCUCACGGAGUCUCCUGCAGAACUGAGAAGCACCCUGACCUGACUAUGAAUUUUUUUUUUUUUUUAGACAAGUUUUCCAUAUGUAGCUCUGGCUGUUUUAGAGCCCGAUAUGUAGAGCAGGCUGGGUUUUGAACUCAACAGAGAUCUACCUGCCUCUGCCUCCCAAGUGCUGGGAUUAGGGCAUGCACCACCACCACCUGGCUAAAUUUGUUUUUAUGAGUUAAGUCAUUUGUUUCACAUAUUAAAAAGAGACCGUGGGAGUGGCUCUGAUGCUUUGAUCAGGAACUGUGUAUGAGCACUGAAGUCCUGUUCCCCAAUUGGUUUUUUUUUAAGAUUUAUUUAUUCAUUUUAUAUAUGUGAGUACACUGUAGCUCAAAGAUUUGAUUUAUUAUUAUAGGUUCACUGUAGGGCUGGUGAGAUGGCUCAGGGAGUGACUGCUCUUCCGAAGGUCCUGAGUUCAAAUCCUAGAAAACACGUGGUGGCUCACAACCACCCGUAAUGAGAUCUGACGCCCCCUGCUGGUGCGUCUGAAGACAACAGUUACAUAUAAUAAUAAGUAAAUCUUUGGGUCGGAGUGAAUGGGAGUUGACUGGAGCAAGCAGAGGUCCAUAAAUUCAAUUCCCAACCACCACAUGAAGGCUUACAACCAUCUGUACAGCUACAGUGUACUCAUAUACAUAAAAUAAAUAAAAUCUUUAAAAAAAAAGAUCACUGUAGCUGUCUUCACAUGCACCAGAAGAGGGCAUCAGAGGGUUGUGAGCCACCAUGUGGUUGUUGGGAUUUGAACUCAGGACCUGCUCUUCUGAAGGUCCUGAGUUCAAAUCCCAACCACCACAUGAAGGCUUACAACCAUCUGUACAGCUACAGUGUACUCAUAUACAUAAAAUAAAUAAAAUCUUAAAAAAAAAAAAAGAUCACUGUAGCUGUCUUCACAUGCACCAGAAGAGGGCAUCAGAGGGUUGUGAGCCACCAUGUGGUUGUUGGGAUUUGAACUCAGGACCUUCAGAAGAGCAGUCAGUGCUCUUACCAGCUGAGCCAUCACACCAGCCUCCCUGCUUCCCCCCCCCCCCUUUAGUUCUUGAUUGAUCAAUAAAGAUUCCAGCGACUAAUGGUUGGGUGGAAGAGGCAGGACUUCCAGGUUCCCACAGGCAGGCUAGGAGAAACAGGAGGAGGAAGGGAUUCAUUAUGCUUCAGAGGGUGAGAAAGUCACCAGCCAUGUGAGAUCUGGGCUGGAGUGGUCAUUGGCUGCUUCCCCAGGAGGGAAAUUAGAAAUUCAACUAAGCUGAGGGCAGAUGUGGGUGUAGAGCAAGGAGUAAAGGAAAAGCCACACCAGCUGUGGGAGGCUUAGAGGACCCCAGCCACGACCCAGACACUGGGCCAUAAGGCAGGUUAAAGAUGAGCUCUGUGUGUGUGUCUGAAUGUGCGUGUCUUUCAUCCACGGAUCCAAGGGAACCAGGGCUGUGGCUGGCAGCGCCAUCUGCCUGGAGCUUAAAGCAGGGUAGUAGAAGGAGACUCCAAUUUAAACAGUCCAAGAUGGCUAACAGCUGAAGCAGAUAAAGUGUUAACUCUCGUAGACCAAAGACUGCAAAAGGCAUAUGUGGAUAGAAUUGAUCCUUUUGGUCAUUUUGCCUUCAACUCUUCUUUACUAAAGGGCUCAUUAUGCAAAGGGAAGAUAGUAUUAUGGAAUGGACUUUCUUAGCUCAUAAAGUAAAAAAAAAAAAAAAAAAAAAGAAGAAGAAGAAGAUAUAUAGAAAAGAUUUCUGAAUUAACUAUAAAAGGUAGAAUCAGACUAUGCCAAUUAACAGGAACAGAUCCAGCUGGAAUUGUUGUACCUCCUACAGAUGCUGAGAUCAUGUCAUUAUGGGAGACUAAUGAGGAUUGACAAAAAGCUUGUAAACUUCUUGGGUGAAAUUAAUAACAAAUAUCCAAAAGCAAACCUAUACAGUUUAUAAAAAGAACUAAUUGGAUUCUACCAUGUAUAGUAAAAAGAACACCAAUUCCAGAGGCACCAACAUUUUAUACUGAUGCAAACAAUAUUAGAUUAUCCUGAACCUCUUAACAUAAUUACUGAUCCUUUUUAUGCAGAAAGAGUCAUUUUGCAUGUAGAAACUGCUGAAUUUGAACCUGAUAACUCAGAAUUAACUUUGGUAUUUAUACAAUCGCAGCAGGCCCUCAGAAGCAGACGCCAUCCAUUACGAAGCACUCAUUCAAUCUCAUACAGGUUUGUCUGGGCAACUGCGAGGAAAUGAAUGAUGAAAUUGACCAGUUACAACUAGGAAAUGUGUUAGAAGCCUCAAAAUUUCAUAAGAAGCAUCAUGCUAAUGGGAAAGGUUUAAAGAAAAAAAUUUCCAUCACUUGGCAACAAGCCAAAGAAAUAAGUUAAAACUGUCCUACAUAUUUUCUGUACAACCGAACUCCAUUACCUGUGGGUAGUAGCCAUAGGGGUACCAAUAGAAAUGGCUCUCUGCUAGGUUGUGUCACCGCUGUUGCUGCCCUGACACCACUGAACUGGAGCUAGUGUAUCCGUGAGGUGUUUUCGAGUGGAUGGAGCUGCUGCCUCCUGCUGACCUGCUAACUGAACUGCUGAUCUCCAGACAACACAGAUAGAAGUUGCUCCAAAGAACCUUUCAUAAACAGGCCUACUCCCCGCUCACCCUCCCCCCCUGUAUCCUUUCUUUUCAACUACCUCUGGUGCGUGGUGGGCUAAAAUGAGGUUAAAACAUUUAAGAACCAUCAUUAAAAUUAAGGUUUGAAAAAAAAUUUAAAAGUUACAAAACAGUCCCUGUCCAUAGCCUCUACCUCAGUUUCUGACUUCAGUUUAUUGUUCUGUUAUGGAGUUUCUGCCCUGAUUUCCCUCAGCAAUGGAAUGUGACCUGAGAAGUCUAAGCUGAAAUAAACUCUUUCCUUCCUA